CCCAACACCCAGCAACACCAACACCCAGCAACACCAGCACCCAGGCAGGCGGCGCGACGAUCGAGGAUGGACGACAUCGACAACGACGACGAGUUUCUCUACGGACCCGCCACGACAAGCGACCUGCAGUCCCUGAGAGAUCCAGGCCUCGCUGCCCUUGAAUCCGACUCCGACUUCCUGGCGGGUCUCUCCAGUGGGACAGGGGCUGGGCCGAUAUCGGACGCCCGAGCAGCCCACGAGCACGACGAUGACGAUGGCAGCGACGACGCCGAUGCCGAUGAGGAUGAGGAUGAUGUCGAGAUUCUGCUGGAGCCAACCGAUGGCGAUGCUGAAGGAGGCUCGCCUGGACGUCGAGGGUCUAUCGUCAGUGCAGCGGUUCCCGCCUUGGCAGCCAGCCAGGCUGCAUCCGGAUCAACUUCGGCAAUCAAAGUCGUAGGCGGAACCAAGGCUGCAGACACCGCAUCGAAGGCAGUUGCAGUAGUCACCAAGUCUGCGGUCGAUCUCGAUGCCGUUGGACAGAUCGAUGGCCAAGAUGUCUUUGAUGCCGAUCUCGAGUCAUUCGAGGAUAAGCCCUGGCGGAAGCCUGGCGCAGACAUUACCGAUUACUUCAACUUUGGGUUCAACGAGGCAACCUGGAAGGCGUACUGCGCCAAGCAAAAGCAGCUCCGCGAGGAUCGCAUUCACCCAAAACACAUCAACAGGCCGAUUGUGACCUAUGAGUCCGGCAUGGAAAUGAUGUCUUUUGACGGCGACCGCUUUGGUGGACCCCACAUCAUCGAUCCCAUGGGCAUGGGCCAGUUUACACGGCCACCCAUGAUGCCGCGACCGAUGCCGCGGGACGAUUUCCCGCCUUCCUUCCUUGGAAAGCGAGCACGAGAGCAAGACGAGUCCGUUAUUCAAAUUCUCUCCUCAGCUGAUGAUGAUUCCGGCCGCGCGUCCAAGGGGCCUGAUGCGAAUGAUGAGUUCCACCUGCGGCCAGAUGAGUCCGGUCCGCCCUUACAUAUGUUCCAAAACAGGGAGCCGUUCGCGCCUUUCCCACCCGGAUUCAACGAGAUGGGAGGCGGUCCAGGCGACCCGUUCCGCCGAGGGCCAAUGCCAGUCGGACCCAUGAGCGGGCCGCCGAUGCCUGUUCCUCCUCGUGGCAUGCGAGGACCCAUUCCACAGCCUCUGCAUCCUCAGGCCCCUGCUGUACUUCCGAGAGAUAGAAUGAUAUUCCCUGGAGAGGACCACGGCACUGGACAACCCCGAUUCCCCGACUCACGAGGCCAGUUCCAGCCACACCGAGAUGGCGGCUACCAUGGACCAUAUCCUGGCCGAGACGAGGCCGACCGGGUCAGCCAUGAUAGCUAUGGUUCGGCAGGCCGCUUUCACGAUCGAGACCGAGAUAGAGACCGUGAUCGAGAUCGAGAACGAGACCGGGAUCGCGAACGCGACAGGGACCGGGACCGAGACCGGGAUCGAGACCGCGAGCGACACUCGGAGACACGCGAGCCGCGCCGUGACAGCGGCAGCCGCUCACGAAAGGACGACGAGGAAGCAUACCCGAAGCGCCAGAAAUAAACUUGGUCCACAAUGUAGGGCAUCCGUCCAGCAAACAAAA